AUGCGCAUUACCGAAAUCACCGUCUUUAGCUACACUGCUCAUUAUAGCCGUGGGGUCUUCUCCAUGUCGAAUGGGCGGAGCAGCACCGGUCACCCAUCUCUUGUUAUUCGGAUUCGCACCGACAAAGGCAUCGAGGGCUGGGCCAAGAACGCGCCUCUAGGCAGCUCUUACCUGCCUAGCACAUAUACCGGCGAGCUUGCUGCUCUUGAGGAGCUUUGUCCACAAGUUCUCGGGCUUGAUCCCCGAUCCCCUGCCGUGAUUACUGCAAAGCUGGACCUGGCCAUGAUGUCAGGUAUGGCUGCCAAGUCCAUUAUCGAUAUUGCUUGCUGGGACAUUCUGGGCAAAUCCGUGGGUCUACCAACACAUGUCUUGCUGGGCGGCUGUCUCAGUGAAGCACCACCUGCAUUUUCCGUCGUCGGGGUUGACGACAUCCCAGUUGCUGUGCAAAAGGCAAAGAACGAACACGCAAACGGAACUUUAGCUUUGCAACUCAAGAUUGGAAAUGAUCCAGUCGCCGAUGCCAAGCGCAUCAGAGCUAUACGCCUGGCUCUUCCUGAAUCUGUAUACUGCUUCGCGGACGCCAACGCGAAUUGGAACUUGGCAGAAGCGCUUGUUUAUGCUCGGGCGCUUGGGCAGGACAUCACUGUUCCUUUCGAACAGCCAUGCCGAACCAUUGCUGAUUGUGCCAAAGUGGCUCAACUUACCGGCCUGCCGGUUAUCCUUGACGAGUCAAUCUACACCGUGGCUGACCUCGUGGAGGCUCACGCAGGGGGGAUAACGGGAGUGAACAUCAAGCUGUCACGAGUUGGUGGCAUGACCAAGGCCCGGAUCAUGCGCGACACGGCGGCGGCACUCGGCAUGUCCAUCAAUGUUGACGACUCUUGGGGCUGUGCUCUGACCACUGCACAAAAUCUUCAGAUUGCCUCUUCGACACCGCCAAAACUAUUAGGUGCCGUUGAUUGCUAUGCUGAAUGGACACACCCACUCAUAGCUGAUGUUCCCCGCGUGCAGGCUGACGGCCGGGCUCGUCCUUCUCAGCUACCCGGCAAUGGCUUUGGUGCUAUUAAUGCAGAUCUUCUCGGAGAGCCGCUGCUCUCUUUUAUAGAAUAG